CUCAUGGCAUACACACACGACAGCGGCAAACUCGACGCGCAACCCACACAGACAGACAAAAACACACUAUAUACAUGUACACGAACACACACAGACGCGCAGAGAGUUUGUGUUAAGAAUUUGAAGCGCCAAGUGCCAGUGGCCUAGAAAUAAUACGUGAAAAUAAAAGUUGCAAUUAAUAAAUAAGAGAAUUAAAUGUGAAAGGUUGCUGAUGAAAAGUGCAAGUGAAAAGUGCCUGUAAGAAGCAAAAAUCACACACUUACUCACGGGCGCACACGCAUUAGUGAACACACACACACAUACACAUACACUUACGUACACGCACACAAAGGAAACGUCAUAUGCCAGAGGCAGGCUGUCGCUUGGCAGGCACAUUGACAGCAACAGCAACAAAGGAGGCAGCAGGAGCAGCAAAAAGCAUUUUGUGUACCCUAUUUUGUGUGUGAGCGAGCGCGUGUCCAUGUCCAUGUCCAUGUCCUUUGCCACAGCAGUAGCGACAACAAAAGCAGCAAACGGCAGCAGGAGCAACAGCAGCAGAAAUACUGCCAACAACAACGGCCACAGCAAUAGCAAUUACGGCGUGUAGUUGCUAUAAUGAUAGAUUUCAAAACAAAAUUGAGCAAAUUAUCGUAUAAAUUGUGGCCCGGUUGGAAAGUCUAAAAAUAACACAACGCCACUUUCAAGUCAAAGUCGGCGACGUAUUCAAAAACCAAGUGCCGACUGACAACUGACUUUAAAUUAUGCAUGCACAUUGAUUUUUUGACGCGUCGCCGUUGCCUUCGCUGUCGUUCUUGCUCUCCCACUCAACGCCGUCAGCAACAUUAUCAACAACAACAAGCAUAUAAACAGGAACAUCCUCUGUCUAUUGGCAAUCUCGUAAAGUCAUUUUUCGUCCUGCGUUCUGCUAGCAUCGCAUGUUAUCAGCGGAACUGGCGUCGACGGCGUUGUGGAAUGCGAAUUAUGAGCGCACCAACGGCCUAACAAAAGAUGAAGUUUGUCUGUCAACGACAUAUAAAGCCUGCUCACCAACUAAGGAAACAGUGGCAACAACAGCAGCAGCAGCAGCAAUGACCAAACAAUUGACAACAACAACUGCGACAAAUGCAGCGUCUAGCAUAACACAUACGGCUAAUUUGGCACCAACGGUUAUUUCGCCCACAACGCCAGGCGCAACAACAUCAACCACAACAACAACAGAUGGAGCAGCGCCUGCAACAGCGGAGACAAUAAAGACGCAAUCGCAGCCCACAACAAAGGCCACUGCAUCAGAAGAAAAAACAUCAACAACAACAACAACUCCGACAAGUGAUGCCAGCGGCCGUUCGGCGGCUUUGGAACGUGCCUACGUCCACGAUGUCUAUGAGCACUGCGAGGAGCCAACGGGCCCGGUGCGGCCGCGAGUGGCACAAUUUCUGGGCAACCUAGAGCCCGGCUCCGUGGUCUGUGACGUGGGCUGCGGCAGUGGGCGUUACCUUGGGCAAUGCAAUCCCGCUAUUUGCACCAUUGGCGUCGAUCGCUGCUAUCGCCUCAGCAAGGUGGCACACGGGAAGGGCGGCGAGGUGGCGCUGUGCGACAAUCUGGAGCUGCCCUUCCGCGAUGAUAGCUUCGAUGCGGUGCUAUCGCUGGCUGUAGUCCACCAUUUUGCCACCACGGAGCGACGAGUACGGGCGCUGAGAGAGCUGGCGCGUAUCCUCCGCAUUGGCGGGCGGGUGGUCAUCACGGUUUGGGCGCUGGAGCAGCGGCACCGACGCUUUGAGUCACAGGACGUGUUGAUACCUUGGCAGCCACCGAAGAACCGCACCUUCUCCUGCACGUACUCCGAUGAUGAAGAUGACAACGACUUUUUGCCGCCCUAUCAUGCCUACACGGAGGACUCGACCAACUCGAGUCGCUCGGCUGGCGAUGGCGACAGCUCAAGCCUAAGCUCAUCCUCGCCAGGCGAGUCCUGCUAUAGUUUUGUUCGACGCGCCCUACAAAAGCUGGCUAGCGGGCGUCGUCAAGCUUGGUUCAUGGACUCGUGGACCUCGAAGGACACCAAGAACGAUAGCAGCCUGGACUAUGAGGAUGCCAAGGAUCUACCCAUUGAGCUGCGUCGCCUCGAGGACUUUGAGGAUUUUCCGGAUCCGCCGCUCUCCGCUGGCCUGAAAUCGCGCAGCCUGGGCAGCAUUCUGCAGACGCCACCGCGUCAAAUAGUGCGUUCGCGUUCGAGUGUGCCCAGUCUGGGUGGUCCGCUGGUGCCCGGCGAGACCAAAGCCAGCGCCACAGCCGCUCUGCUCACCAGCGCGCCCGAGACCCAGUUGCAGCUCAAUGGUUACCAUUCGCCCACGACCACCGCCAGCGCGGGCAGCACGCUUAGUCGCCGCCCCAAACUAAUCAAGCAGAAGCAGUCGCUAUGCGAGGACGACAGUAUAUCGCAGCUGGGCGAACCAGCGCCUGCAGUUGAAGGCGCCAACGCUGCUUUUCCCGUGAUCAGCAGCUACAAUGGGGCCGAUGGUACCGUCAGCAGCAGCCUUUACACGCCCACCGGCAGCCAGGCGGCGGCGGCGGCCAAUAUUAAUGGAAACGCAUCCUCCACAGCAUCACCGCCGGUUGCAGCUGAAUCGACAGAUGCACCUGCGGGGCCCGGCAGCAGUCAGCCAAGCUUUUUGCGUAAACAAAGCUCUCUGAACGAGGAGCUGAUGGCUGGCAAUCGACUGCGCGAGAAGGAGCGGGUGCGUAAGCGCAUACAAAAGCAGACCUCGCUAAAUGAGGCCUUCCUUUGUCGCUCGGCCAUGUUCUCCAAGCGAUUGCAGCUUAUACGUGAGGGUUUCACCACCAAAAUAAAAAGCUCUACGGACAGUCUGGAGCGCGUGACCAAAACGGGCAUAACCAAGCUCAUGCAGAAUAUUAAGAAUGGACCGCUAAACCAAACGCCCGCACCGGUGUCGCCCAAUCCCCAGCAGGCGGACAACAACAACAAGCAGCCCGCCGCGCCCGCACAACAAGCUAACCAACAACAGCUUCAACACCAGCACCAUCACCAUCAUCAUCAUGUGAGCAAUGCUGGCAGCUUGUUCCCGGCCCAUCUGCUGCUGUCCAGCGCGACGAGCGGCCCGGUGACCUACUGCAGCAUCGUGGACUGCAAUGCGCCCAACAUAUGCCACUGCAGCGCCUACCAGCAGGAUUGUGUGACCUGCGCAGAGAGCGAGCAGGGCAGCGCGCGCCGGCACUCGCGCGAAUCCGGCUCUGAUUCGUCCAAGGAUAGCAGCCUGCAGUCGGAUACGAGCAUUGAAUCUGAGGACAGUUUUGCCUCGGUCAUCUUCAUACCCAAGCCGGAGCAGCAACAGCAGCAGUUGAACUAUCAGCAACAACACCAGAACUCCAACUCGAGCUCCAGCAACUCAAGCUCCAGCAAUGGACAAGCCCAGGCGGCACUUGCUGCAGCGGCAACCACCACAACUGCCCCGACCAGCUCUCUGGUACGUUUGCCACCAACUCACUCCGUGCCAACGUCACCGCUCGUCAUGCCCUGCCCGCCGACGCCCGCCCACUCUCCAGCAGCCAUCCUGGGCGCAGUCACAUCGCCGCCCCAGUCCAUGGCAGCAGUGACGGCAGCCAUGGCCAUUCUGACGCCAGUCGCAAAGCCGGCACGCUUUAGCUUUGACGAAGCACACAUCAAACAGCAGCAGGAGCAACUGCAGCCGAAGGCACCGACUAUUCCAAGGAUCACACGCCAAGCCAUACGAGAGCUGCCGCCCAUACCCAAGUUCCGCAAGCAACAGUCGCUCCAGCUGCAACGUCAGAGUUUUCCGAUAGUGCGACGUGCCUCGGGCUCCGGUCUGGCGGGCAGCAGCAGCACCAGCGCCACCAAGCUGCUCUCGCUGGAGCUGUUCAAUCCCGCUACCGAUGAUCUGGACAGCGAUUCUAGUGAGCCCUCCUCCCCGGACUCCAUUGACAGUGUGAUCAGCGCGCCGCGCUCGGCACAGUUGCUUUCGGCGCCCGGCACCGGCACAGGCAAGUCCAGCGAUGAAUCGGACACGGCGCUGACCCAGCACUACCACACGGGCGAAAUGCAGAUCAACAAUGGCACGACCAAUGGCAAUGACAUCAUACUCAAUGCGGAUAGCGCACCGCUGCUACCGGAGAAGCGCGAAGCUGGCCAGGCGCAGCAGCCGUACGAUUGCGCCGAGUUUGCCGAGCAGCUGACGGCCCAGCUGCAGCGCGAACUGGACGACAAGAUCAAUCGGGCCGAGUGCCGCAGCUUGGACGGCAUCGGUGACAUUGGCGAGUACUUGAGCGGUGGCAAGAAGCGCUCCAAUGGCGAUUGGAGUGCGUUGCGUGAUGAGCUGCGUGAGCGUCGUCUGAUGCUGGCCAAUCUCUCGACGCAGCCCAGCUUACAGCAGUCGCCCAUAUCGUCGUCCACAUCAUCGCUGUCCUCCCAGACACGCAGCUUUACUAUACACGAGGAGCAGGAGGGCGAGUAUGAAGAGAAUGAGGAGAACGAGCCCGGCUACACGCUGGGCAUCUAUGAGCACUGCAAGUUCUCUAAAUUCAACUACAAACGCAACCGCCGCUACAAUCUCAAUCCGGAGACGGCCUACUUGCUGCAGGACGAUGGGGACAGCGAUGUCCGCGAUGAUGAAGAUGCCAUACCCGAGGAGGAUGAGGAUGCCGAGGCGCUGGAGGCACGCGGCGGCGAUCAGCUGGGCGAGGGCAUGCACGAGUAUGGACACCGGCGGCGCAACUUUAGCGCCAUCAAAUCGGUGACAUCCAGUGCAUCCAGUUCAACGGAAACUCCCCCCUUACAGCAGGAACAAGAGAAACAACAAACGCUGCAGCAGCGAACCUCCACCGAGUCGCUGGAGCAAUCGAACAGCUCAAACACCUCGCUGGACAGCCCCUCGCAGGGUGGGGCCACCACACAUCAUCGCUUCUACCACGUGUUCCGUGAGGGCGAGCUGGACGCGCUAAUUAAUCAUCAUGUGGCCAGUCUCCACAUUGUUAGCUCCUACUAUGAGCGCGCCAGCUGGUGCGUUGUGGCCGAGAAGGUGCAGGUGUGGACGAUCUAAGUUAGGAACCUAAGAAAAAUACAAAAAAAUUUAUACAAAUUGGAUAACCCAAUAAGUCUCUGAAGCCCCCAAAGGAAUUGUUAAAUUUAGUCUUUAUUACUAGUUGAGAGAACAAGAAACGCAAAAUUCUAGCACUAACUUAAGUAUUCGUAAUGACUCUUGCUUAGGGUUGUCAGGCCUGCUCAACGGCAGGGCUGCCGCACUGUAUUGAAAUUGAAUUUCAAGUAAACCGUUUAGUUUUUAGGCGCAAAUCGAAAUUAAAUCAACGCAAAUUGAAAAAAAAAAAACAAUUUAUAAAUGCAACAACAAUUAAGUAAUCUUACAAUAU